AUGACCAAACCGCGUCGAGGGGUCAAGUUCCCCCAUCAGACCAACGGCCAGGCCCGCAGGCUCAGCGUCAGUGAGGUCAGCGAAGAUGGUUCAUCCUCACCCGUGCGCACAAGAGCUUCGGCUCAGCUGGGCGACAUUAACGAGAAGUCGCAGGCUCCGCCGCCGUCAGACUACGAGAAGAAGAAGGCAAACUUCAUAACCCGUACCUUCUGGACCUUUGUCAUGAUCGGUGGCUUUUUUGCCGCCCUCUUCAUGGGUCAUAUCUACAUCAUCACUGUCAUGACGGCCGUCCAGAUCAUCUCGUUCAAGGAGGUCAUUGCUAUUGCGUCUGUCCCGACCCGCGCCCGGGACAUCAAGGCCACCAAGAGCCUCAACUGGUACUGGCUGGCUUCCACCAUGUACUUCCUCUAUGGCGAGAGUGUGAUAUACUACUUCAAGCACAUCGUGCUGGUUGACAGGGUCCUUCUGCCCCUGGCCACCCACCACCGCUUCAUCAGCUUUGUUCUCUAUGUCAUUGGCUUCGUCUUCUUCGUCGCCAAUCUCAAGGCCGGCCACCUCAAGUUCCAGUUCACCAACUUUGCUUGGACGCACAUGGCUCUCUACUUGAUCGUGGUCCAGGCACACUUUAUCAUGAACAACGUAUUUGAAGGCAUGUUUUGGUUCUUCAUGCCCGCCUCCCUGGUCAUUACCAAUGAUAUUUUCGCCUACAUUUGCGGAAUCACCUUUGGUCGGACGCAGCUCAUCAAGCUGAGCCCCAAGAAGACGGUUGAAGGUUUUGUCGGCGCCUGGGUCAUGACCGUAAUCUUUGCCGUCUUCUUCGCCAACCUGCUGAUGCGCAGCAAGUACUUUAUCUGCCCCGUCAAUGACCUUGGCGCCAACAUCUUUACCGGGCUCGAGUGCGAACCCAACCCCGUUUUUCUCCCGCACACCUACAAGAUGCCCGAGCUCUUCUUCCUUCCUGACAGCUACAAGCACUCGCUGAGCUUCACCACCGAGCCGAUCCAGUUCCACGCCAUCGUGAUUGCAACGUUUGCCUCCCUCAUCGCCCCCUUUGGCGGCUUCUUCGCGUCCGGCCUCAAGCGCACGUUCAAGAUCAAGGAUUUCGGUGACUCCAUCCCUGGACAUGGAGGUAUGACUGAUCGCAUGGAUUGUCAGUUCAUUAUGGGCUUCUUCGCCUACAUGUACUUCCACACUUUCAUCGCCGAGAACAAGAUUGCCUACGGCCACGUCAUGGAGCUGGCCAUUACGGGUCUGUCGGUUGAGGAGCAGAUUGAGCUCGUCAAGGGAAUGAGUCGGUACCUGGAGAACCAGGGUGCUCUGGGCUCACAAGUCGUUGCAUGCCUGGAUGGCGCCUUUCCUGGAAAGAGGUAG